GUGUGCAGAGGGGUGGGUGAAUUGAACAGAAAUAAUUGGUCAGUAAUAUAAAUAUAAGACAAGCAUGACAGACAGGAGGAGCACUCACUGAACCAGAAUGAAGACUGUGUGUGUUGCUGCUGUUUUGCUGAGUCUCAUCUCAGUGUGCCAACCUGCGCCACUGGAGUGUAAGAACCUGACAAAAACUGUAGACCAAGGUUCAGAUGUGCUUGGAAGAUGGUACAUUAUUGGAGUGUCCACAACUUACUGCUGGUUACAAGCGAUAUUUAAUUCUAUAGUGGCUCCAAGUUUUCUUGUGGACGUCACCGCAACAGAGAGACAGCACUACUAUGACGUCAAUGUUACACUGAAAUCGUUUACUUAUUGUGAUAGUGAGACCUUACAAUUGUUCUACGCGGUCAACUCCAUGUAUAACACUGAUGGCCAAAAAACAGAUCUCAAGAUGGAAGAAAAAGGUGUGCUGCUUCAGAGUGGAUGUCCAGACUGCCUUGUUAUAUCGGGAGAUAACGAUGCUGGAAUCAUUGCAAUUCUCAGUCGAAGACCAGUCAUUACUGCUGAUGAGCUGCAAGAGUUUGAGAAACAGGCAGAAUGUCUUGGCUUCUACAAACCCCAGAUCUUUGGUUCAGAUCACGACUUAGGAAACUGUGGGAAUACUGACUUUGAGUCUCCAGAAGUAGCAUCUGUGUUUCCACAAAGACUGAAAAACAUGUUUUCAGAGCUCUUCACUUGCACAACAGAUUCAGUUCUUUAUUAUCCACGUUCUGCUUUUAGAUGGGUUCAGCAAACAUGGGCCAGUUUAUGGUGAUGAAUAUAAGAUGAUAAUAUGGUACUAAUAAUGCAGAAUGAUGUUAUGAUGUAAUAAUAAACGUUUAAUAAUUUUAUUCAUGGAAGAGUAACUGAUUUUUAUCUGACCCUGUUCCCAAAGGACUGAGCUAAUUAGCAAAAAAAAAAGCAUUUAGA